UUGCAGUUCAAUGACCUCGAACACAAUGGCGAGUACGUAGCUGUCGAACGUGGGCCAUUCAUCGACUGCAAUUAUGGAGCAUAUCGUCUUUGGACACAAACCGAGAGGAGAUGGACCUCGCUUGUACGAGUGACGGAAGCCAAGCCAGUCUAUCUGGACUCCGGUGACAGUAUGGACCUAUAUCUGAAGAAACAAGGCUAUGGCAGUGUAACCGGACUUCCUUAUCCACUUGAUGGUCUUUCAAGAAGCCCAAACACAUCAGCAGUGAAUUUGAGUGGAUUUUCAAAAGACAAGGUUGGCGGCAGCUUAGAACGUCUAAACAAAGCUGGUCAAGAGUUGUGGAGCGAGCAAAACCAUUCAGUUAGUAUGGCCAAUAUCCGAACUACUGGUGACGAGAAAGAGAAAAAAAGUGAGAAAUCGACGGCGAAGUCAAAGGAGGACGACCGACUACCACCUAUCAAACCUAGCGCUCGUUUGCAGAAGGACACGAAGGACGAACCUACGAAAAGAGGCAGUUGUCUGGCAUCUUUCAUGCGCUAA